CAUCUUGCUCACGAUCUCCUACAUACCCUCGCCGAUCUCGACAGAGGCGACAAGCUCCUGNGCAUCAGCUCUCUUCUCAAAACCACGACGUCUGAAAAUCAGCCAAGGUAUCCUAUAGCACUUGCGAUACUGGUUAUUUCGCAAUGGCUGUUGGUGUAUUUGAUUCGUCAUGUAAUGCUUCAAACUACAGGAGCAUUGAUGGUACAGUCGAAAACACUUGCCUAUCGCAAAGAAAGCGGUGGGAUGGACUCCCAUAACAAUUAUCUGGGAUAUCCUCUCCAUGCCAUUGGUUCGGGCAGACGAUUACGCAGAGAUGUUUUGCUGAGUGUGGUGUAUGAUGUGCUUUACUCUCUCCUAAGCAGUCUCCUCUCCAGUAUCUCUUCUUCUUUGAUCUGGCAGUUUGUUGCGAAAAGUAUUGCAGGAGUGCUAUUGGCAAACUUGCAUCUGCGCUGGACUUGUGUGGUUCUUUCUCUUCAGCAGCAACGUCGGCAGACACGACCGAGGAUCUUGUCGCUUCCAGAUAAGAGACUUGUGUUGCCGGCUGUGGCUUACGUUCUCGCUCAACAGUUGACUGCGAACCUGCCUAUCUACAUUUCCAAGUCCAUUUCUGGGACUUCCAACAGCAGUCUUCAAGGCAUCGCUGCUGCGGACAGCAUCAUUCUGAUCACAGCAUUCGGUUUGCGAGUGUCGGCUCUGUAUCCUACCUUUGCUGCUUAUAUUUACAUUGAGAUGUUGCAAGCAGAUGGAAGAGUUGCUUUGGGGCGAUAUGGC